ACGAGUGGGCGGGGCUUUGGCGAUUGGCGCGGAGGGAGUAGGGCAGGCGCUGUGGGAGGGGACGCCAGAGCGCGGCGGUGAGCUGAGGUAGUCCUGUGAGGUCAGGCAGCUGCGCUUCAGGUGUGACUGGUAGCCGCGGCUGGACGGAAAGCGAAGGAGCGAGUGUAGUCGCCUGAGCUUCGUGAGCGCGGCCGCCAUGGACCGACCGGAUGAGGGUCCCCCGGCCAAGACCUGCCGCCUGAGCAGUCCGGAGCCUCCUCGGCGCAACCCGCCGCCGCCGCCGCCGCCGCCGCCGCCGCUCCUGCGAUUGCCCCUGCCUCCGCCCCAGCAGCGCCCGAGGCUCCGUGAGGAAACCGAGGCGGCACAGGUGCUGGCUGACAUGAGGGGGGUGGGUCUGGGCCCGGCGCUGCCCCCCCCGCCGCCCUAUGUCAUUCUCGAGGAGGGGGGGGUUCGCGCAUACUUCACCCUGGGUGCUGAGGGGCCCGGCUGGGAUCCUGCAGUCGAGUCAGGGUUCGGGGAGGCGCCCCCUCCCGCAGGGAGCCUGGAAACACUCCCCUUGCCCGAGGCCUCUGGGGGAAGCCUGGAAAUUGACGUUGAGAUUGCAGAGUCUAGCAGCGCCGCCGAAGAGAAGGCCCUAGAAACCUGUAGCUCAGGGGUGUGGGAGCCCCAGAUGUUAGUGGGCCCAAAGAGGAACGAAGAGGCUGUCAUAAUAGUGGAAGAUGAGGAUGAGGAUGAACAGGAGAGUGUGAGGCGGAGGCGCAGACGGAGGAGGAGGAAGCAGAGGAAGGUGAAGAAGGAAAGCAGAGACAGGAAUGCUGAGAGGAUGGAUAGCAUCCUGCAGGCACUGGAGAGCAUUCAGAUGGACCUGGAAGCCGUGAACAUCAAGGCAGGCAAGGCUUUCCUGCGUCUCAAACGCAAGUUCAUCCAGAUGCGGAGACCUUUCCUGGAGCGCAGAGACCUCAUCAUCCAGCACAUCCCAGGCUUCUGGGUCAAAGCAUUCCUCAACCACCCCAGAAUUUCAAUCUUGAUCAACCAACGCGAUGAAGACAUUUUCCGCUACUUGACCAAUCUUCAGGUACAGGAUCUGAGACAUAUCUCUAUGGGCUACAAAAUGAAGCUAUACUUCCAGACAAACCCCUACUUUACAAACAUGGUGAUUGUCAAGGAGUUCCAACGCAACCGCUCGGGCCGGCUAGUGUCUCACUCCACUCCAAUCCACUGGCACCGGGGCCAGGAACCCCAGGCCCACAAGCGAAAAAACCAGGGCACCAACUACAGCUUCUUUAGCUGGUUUUCAAACCACAGCCUCCCAGAGGCUGACAGGAUUGCUGAGAUUAUCAAGAAUGACUUGUGGGUUAACCCUGUACGCUACUUCAUGAGAGAAGAGAGCAUCAGGACAAACAGAAAGAAGCAAGAAGAGAAAGAAAGUAAACCCAAGGAUGAAUAUGAGAUGGUGAUCAUGGAAGAUGCUUAUGAGCGCUGUGCCGUGGAAGACAUUCUCAGCGAGAUCUCAGACAUUGACCAGACUACUGACAAUGAGACCAUUCAUGACAUCAAGAUUUCUGACUUCAUGGAGACUACUGACUACGUUGAGACCACUGACAAUGAGAUAGCUGAUGUCAGUGAGAACCUGUGUGACAAUCAGGGCCCCAACAGCGAGACCACUGAGACUGCUGAUGACAAUGAGGGCCCUGAUGACAACAGUGAGAACCUAGAAGACAGUAAUAAGAAUACCUAUGACAAUGAGAAUCCUGAUGGUGACAAUAGCCUGGAAGAUGGCAACCAGGGAAGCAGUGGUAAUAACCAAAACAGUGAGAGUGACAGUGGAGAUGAGGGCAGUGAAGGUGACAAUGAGGGCAGUGAUGAUGGCAAUGAGGGUGACAAUGAGGGAAGCGAUGAUGAUGACAGAGACAUUGAAUACUACAAGAAUGGCAUUGUAGUGUUUGACAAGGAUCAAGAUAACAGCACCAACCAGGAAAUCUAUGAGGAUGAUGUAGAGAUCGUCUCUGAAGAAUCAAUGGAGGAAGAGGAGGAAGGCAUUGAACAAGGCGAGGACGGCUCUGAGGAGGAAGAAAGCAGAGUAGACUCAGAAGACACUGAUAUGGAGCAAGUGCUUCAGGUUCCAAAUGCUUGGGCCAACCUGGGGAAGCGGGGCAACGCUGGAUAAACAUCUUACUCUCCGCGGGCUUCUCUCUGUAUCCCUCUUCCCCAGUGCCCCGUUUGCCCCCACCCCAGUUAGGGUCCCUGCAUUGCACUUCUGGGGGGGGAGGGUAACUGACUUCGUACACGGGUUUAAAGUUUAUUUUUAUGGUUUAGUAAUUGCAGAGUUCUUAAUUUGGGGGGGGCGAUAUCCCCUCUUUUUUGGUCCUCCUCCCCCACAGGCUUCUGUGUGCUGCUAUUUCUUGUGAUGCCUUGGUCAGGGCCCCUCUAACCCCCUUCUCUUUGGUGUUGGCCCCAGCCCUUUUCCCCAUGCUGCAUAGAGUGGAGUCCCUGACCCCGAAGUGGGUAGGGCUGCUGUGGCCUUUGUCGCAGCCUUGCAGUGGCCUCUGCCUCCAUCCUAUUCUCCCAGGUUUUUCUCUUCCAUCCAUCUCUUUUACCCACUGUGCCUGCUAACUCGCCAGGCCUUGGCGUCUAUGCAAGGCCGCGUAGCCUUUGCUGUAUUCCUGCCCCCGCAGAAGUCGUGCCUCUCCCUGUGAAUAUUGAUGACCCUAAUAAAACUCUGAGCAAAUUCAAA